AUGGCCGAGCGUGGACCGCUGCUGAUGCGGCUGCUGCGGCUGCUGCUGCUGCUCUUUCCUCUGCUCUGCGCUGAAUGUUCUGAGGUGGUGAGAGUAGGAGCAGAGGUGACUUUAGUCUGUGGUGAGGUCCAGCUGCCGCAGACUCAGUGCAACAAGACCACUUGGGGCAAGGCUGAAAAAACUGCAGUGGAGCUCUUCAAACUGGGACGGCCCAACCCCGAAGUGUCCUCAGAUCUGUCCAGUCGUCUGAGUCUCACUGAGGACUGUGGGCUGAAGAUCCAGGAUGUUCAGACUGAAGAUGGAGCAGACUAUUACUGUCAACAGUACGAGGCUACAGUUUGGGCUCCGAGCUCUUCUGUAUCUGUGCCUCUGACUGUGGUCUCAUUGACUGAAGAAGAGGAGCAGCAGAGAUAUAAGCUCCAGUGUGAGGUCUUUGGGUUUGUGCUUGACGUCAGAGUGAGAUGGUUGUAUCAACGAGGAGUCGUGGAUAAAAGAAACACAGGUUUGAUCUUCACAAACCUGAGGGACAGAUCUAUCCUCUUUGUCCCAAAAGACCAUUUUCUUUAUAAAGAAAAACAUCUGUUCAAAUGUGAAGUGAUAAAAGGAGAAAAGACUCACAUCUUCAGCUUCACCAAAGAGGCUCCAGAUGAGAGGAUCCGACCAGAGCCCGAGGAUCCAGACGAGUUCCUCACAGAAGGAUCCACUGACUCUGGUCUGAUGGUGCGAUACCUGGUGGCCGGUGUUCUGCUGACCGCUCUGCUGCUGACCCUCGUCUGGACCUACAGCUCAGGACGCAGAGUUCGGCGUGACGACAAUGAGGAGACAGUUUUUUAUGAAAACAUCGGCGGAUCUGCAGCUGCCGUCAGAAUCCACAGACACGCGACAGAGUGA